AUGUCUUACAUGCCUGAGCCCGGAUACGAUGGGGAGCAGAACUUCCAGGGCCAGGAGCCCCCGCCAUCAGGCUUCCGAGUACCUCUUUCGACAGACGCGCCCUUCCCUCCACCUGAGCAGGCAGGUGAACCAGCCUUCUACGACGCCGAUGGUGUUUCCCCCGUCUUCAUCGGGUCUGCCCUCUUCGAGAACUCGGUCCACCCGUGCAAGAUAGGCCCCCAUCUCCAGCCAUUUGCUUCCGUUCCGUAUGGCGGCGGAGAGCAUGGACAUCAUGGGCGCUUCGAUCUACUUCCGUUCAGACACGACCAGAUGGAAUGGGUUCCCACUUCCCAUGGCACGAUCCCUGAAGGGCGCCGGCCGGUUGAAGGAGGUUAUGAGGAUGACGGUGCGCAGCUGUAUCACGCCGCUGCCCUCAUCGAUGGCGUGAAGGUCCCUGGAAAGACAGGAGAGCACCUGGGUGGCUCUAGAAUUGCCUUCGGCGGUGUAGAGCAUUGUGUAGAUGAUGACUAUGAGAUAUUGUGCUGGAAAUAA